AUGGAAGUAUGUUUAGAUGUUGUUUACAAAACUGAAUUGCUUGCUAACAAGUCAUAUGCCUUGGAUGAUCCACACCUUUUUACUGCUCGAGAAUUUUACGAAGCUUGUUUAAAAGGUCCUCAUGAUUCCGCUAAUCAUGUUGCAAAUCAAUUUCGUCAGUUAAUUUCGAUGCUAUUUGGUGAAUGGGAUUUAUUGACAUCUCCUUCAACAAAUAUGACAAAUGCUGAUGGUGCUAGAAAUAUUCUAAAUUUGAGUUUGACUGAUUUAUACCUACCACUGUUAAGCACAACAGGGCAUUCACCCUUGUUUUCAUUGGAUAUCGACGAAGAGGAUCGAACAAUUCGAAUCGAUUGGGAUUAUUUGUUUGACAAAUUGUUCAAUCAAACUGGAUUUAGAAGCUACCAUAAAUUACCAGUAAAGGUUGAAGAAAAACAUGCAUUACAAUAUUAUUGUGCAUUCCAUGAAAUUCAAUUGGAAACAGAUGAAGACAAAAGUGCGCUCUACGACCUGGCUAUUUUGAAUUUUUUGGCGGAACAGAAACUUCGUUUAUUAAAUCAGGAAAAUUUUGAUUCCGCACAUAAAUCAAAUCCAAGCAAUACUACAUACUUCUCACCUUAUUGUAUGGAUCGAGUAAAGAUCGUUUUUCCAUGGACACUUGAAAAGCAUUUCCUGACUUCUCGCAUCACUCAAAACCACCGAAAUGAGGUUCAACAACUGGUUGAAGAAAUGAAAAGCUCUAUAUUUGAAUCAGUCACGCAAGCCACAUGGUUGGAUGACAGUACAAAACACUUUUUCAAAGACAAGAUUAACCAAACCAAGGCUUUCAUUUUAUACUCGAAUGUGAAUGGAUCAGAAAGAAGAGAAGAUCUUUCAGAAAUAUACGGAUAUCCUAUAAAUGCUGAAGAUCAUAUUUUAAAUGAGUAUUAUGCACAAAAAUCCAUAUAUUCAGAGAAAUUAAGAAGAAGCAUUAAAAAAGCCGGUAAAACGUCGCUACGUGAUUCACCAACUUAUUUACCUGAGGCCUACUAUUUGAAAAAUUUAAACCGCAUAUAUAUUUUUGCCGGAUUGAUGCAACCACCAUUUUAUGAAAAGGAUGAAGAUUUAUCCACCAGAUACAAUGGAUUGGGUUGGAUUAUCGCCCAUGAACUUUUACAUGCUAUAGAUCUUAUAGGUGUUCUCGAGGAUAUCAAUGGGAAUCAACGAUCAGGUAAAGAUUCUUAUGCAGGAUUGAUUGCAAAUAUGAGGCAAACAGAUUGUCUACGAUCUCAUUACGAAAACCAUUCUGAUUCGUUUGAAAAGAGCGAUAGAAUUGGGACGCGGAAUGAAAUUUUGGCUGACAAUGGAGGAUUGAAAAUAAUGUACAAUACAUACCGGAAAUUGCAAAAUAGACAACGUGUUCAAAAUUCAAGUGAACUCUUAGCUUCCGAUAGAUUAUUUUUCCUGAGAUUUGCACAGACUUUAUGUGGCCGUGUACAUAAGAAUUCACGUCAGUACCACAAAUAUAACAUUAAUCACAUUCUACCUCGAUAUAGGCUGAUAGGUGCUUUGUCAAAUAGUGAAGAAUUUGCUAAAGCAUAUGACUGUCCAAUUGGUUCACCAAUGAAUCCUUUGAAGAAAUGUAAAUUGUGGUAA